AUGGAAAAAGAAGGUGCUAAAGAAGAGACUCAACAAGUCCUGAAAGUCUUGGAAGCUCUAAAACAAGCUUCACACGAGAUACAGUGCAACCCGAGCCCCGACUCGCCAGGGUCCAACUCCUCCUCCGCCAUUAAAGCCCUUCUGGAGCUUGAAACCGAGUCAGACUCAAUCCUCUCCUACGACCCACAUCUCUCAAAUCUAUCUCAUCACCUCACCAACCUCAGAAUCCUAAUCAACAGCCUACAAAAAUCACGGUCCCAUCACGGUCUCCGAUCUUUCUUGACUCGUCGGAUCAUUACCCUCGACAUCUCCCGAGUCGCCGGGUCAAUCGAGUCAGAAAUCCAAUCCUGGAUCCACCGCGAGACCAUAAUCAACCUCAUUAGAGCCUUACAGUUACAGCAAUCUAUCUGUUCUUCUUGUUCGCUAUCAUCUGUGGAAGAAGAUAAGUUUCUUGAUUCAAUUGAUCAGUUCAGAAUCAGGCUAAAACAGGGAUUCUCUAAUGAGUUUCAAGAUUUGAUUCUCAAAUCCAAAGUGUUUUCAAAACUUGAAUCAGUUCUAUGCAGAAGCAAUUUCUCCAAAAGGGUUCGAGAAAAAGCGGCUUUCGUCAUUGUAGAGUUGGUAAAGUUCAAUAAAGAUGUUUUCGUUGGCCAAGUUUUGAUGGGUCAAACUGUACGAGCUCUGAUGUCAAUGGGUUCUUUGUCGUCCUUACAAAUUUUAUAUUCUCUUAUUAAGUCAAUAAAGAGUCCUCUAGUGGAUGAUAUAGAGGAGAAUGGCGAAACCCAAAAGAUUAUCAGUUUCUUGAGCUCUGAUGAUUUGUUGGUGAGAAUAAUGGCGAUGGAUUGUGUUCUGGAAAUUGGGUAUUUUGGGAGGAGAGAGGCGGUAGAGGAGAUGAUGAAUGUGGGUUUGAUCAAGAAGUUGGUGGAGUUGCAGAGAUCUGAAUUGGGUGGUGAUUUGAUAGAUCUUGAUAAGGUUGGUGAGGAGGGUGAAAACAGAGGAGUGGAAGUGGGUGAGUGGGAGAGAAAUGGGAGGUGGGGUAGGAGAGAGAAUGGAGAGAGGAGGCUCUUGGAGAGCCACCCGUUUGCCAGUUGUGUUGGGAGGUUUGCGGUGGCGCUGGAGGUGGGGGAAGGGUUGAGGAGGAGAGAAAAAAGAUGGUUUAAACAGGAGAUAUUGACAAGAGUGAGGGAGGCCUCUGUUUCUGAUGCUGAGGCUGUCACCAUUAUUGCUGAGGUUCUUUGGGGUUCUUCACCUUGA